AUGAUGUGUCGUGGGAUUGUGUGCCCUGAACCCUUCAAUCUCACUCUUAUUUUUUUUUUUCUUUCUUCCACUUUCACAGUCUUCCCCCGGCAACCCGGCCGCGUUGCCAUAGUGACGGGAGGCACGGAGGGGAUUGGCUUGGCGACCGCCGAGCGCCUGGCUCUCCUCGAAAUGCAUGUGAUCAUAGCCGGGAACGACGCCGCGAAAGGCCACCAGGUCGCGAGGAGGAUCAGAGAGGAGACGGGGAACCAGGAAGUGGAGUUCUCGUACUGCGACCUGGCAUCCCUGCGAUCCAUCCGGGAAUUCGUCCUCAGGUUCAAGGAGAAGAAAUUGCCUCUCCAUGUUUUGAUCAAUAAUGCCGGCGUGAUGAUGGUUCCCCAGAGGGAGACGGCGGACGGGUUUGAGGAACACUUCGGCCUGAACUACCUGGGUCACUUCCUGCUCACCAACCUGCUCCUGGACACCCUGAGGGAGUCGGGGCGCCCCGGCCGCAGCGCCAGGGUGGUGAGCCUGUCCUCGGCGACGCACUACGUCGGGGAGCUGGCCCUGGACGACCUUCAGAGCAGGGGCGGCUACUCCCCGCAUGGCGCCUACGCCCAGAGCAAGCUGGCCCUGGUCCUCUUCACCUACCACCUCCAGGGGCUGCUGGCCGCCCAGGGCAGCCACGUGACCGCCAACGUGGCCGACCCCGGCGUGGUCGACACCGACCUCUACAAGCACGUCUUCUGGGGCACCCGUCUGGUCAAGAAGCUGUUCGGCUGGUUGUUUUUCAAGACCCCCGACGAAGGAGCCUGGACCUCCGUCUACGCUGCCGUCACCCCCGACCUGGAGGGUGUGGGCGGGCGUUACCUGUACAACGAGAAAGACACCAGGUCCCUGGCCCUCACCUACGACCAACACCUGCAGCAAGAACUCUGGGCCAGGAGUUGCCAGAUGACGGGCAUUCGAGACCAGACACGGGACCCCUUCUCGGAAUAGCUGCUUCCCCCCAUCGACGGACUUUUUUUUGGGGGGACAGGGCUGUGAGGAAUCUCGGGUCUGUGUGUUUGACACCCGCCUAAUCUCGGGGAGCAGUUCCCCAAUAGCUUAUGAGAUUAGGGGGUGUCUUUACGGGAAGUCUCGCAGCCAAAGACGCGCUGGGUGUCCCCCCCCCUGAGCCCCAGGGAUUCUGCCUUAAAUCUUGUGAUGACAAAGAGCCAAAUUGUGACAGGUGCCAUGAAUGAUUAAACCCUUCUCCCUGAA